GGGGCUGGGGUGCAGAUGUACACGGGGGCUCAGCUCUGUGUAUGUGUCUGCAAAGUGGAGGGGGUGGAUUGGGCCUGGCCGGGUUUUGGGGUACCCAGGGGUGCCAUCUCCCACCCUAGGCAGGAGGAGGCCCAGGCCAUCGACCAGGAGCUCUUCACUGAGUACAAGUUCAGCGUGGACCAGCUGAUGGAGCUGGCAGGGCUGAGCUGUGCCACUGCCAUUGCCAAGGCCUACCCACCCAGCUCCUUCACCACGAGCCAGCCUGCUGUGCUUGUGGUCUGCGGGCCAGGGAACAACGGCGGUGAUGGGCUGGUCUGUGCCCGGCAUUUGAAGAUGUUUGGCUAUCAGCCAACCGUGUAUUACCCCAAGCGCCCCAGCAAGUCCCUCUUCGAAGGUUUGACCACCCAGUGCGAGAAGAUGGAUAUUCCCUUCCUCCCUGAGUUCCCAACUGAGGCUGCCUUCAUCGACGAGCUCUAUGGCCUGGUGGUGGAUGCCAUUUUUGGCUUCAGCUUCAAAGGAGCAGUGCGGGAGCCCUUCGGCAGCAUCCUCAGCACCCUGGAGCGCGUCACGGUGCCCAUCGCCAGCAUCGACAUCCCCUCAGGCUGGGAUGUGGAGAAGGGGAAGGCAGACGGCCUCCAGCCCGACAUGCUCAUCUCCCUGACGGCACCCAAGAAGGCAGCGAUGCAUUUCACCGGCCGGUACCACUUCCUUGGGGGCAGGUUUGUGCCCCCCAUGCUCCAGGAGAAAUAUGCUCUAAACCUGCCACCAUACCCUGGCACAGACUGCGUCCUGCAGCUGACCUAGAGCUGGGGCCAGAGCUCUAGCUUCAGGGGGGGCCAGGCUUGGCUUCAGCACUGCACACCAGGGCCGAAUUCUGCCCAAGCCUCUGCUAGGAGGGUGCUCAGCACCUCACUGGGCUUUGGUGUGAGCCAGCAGGAUCAAAAGGCCCAGACAUAAGGUCCAGGUGGUGGCAGUGGUGAGGGGCUGCAGGGGGAGCUCUGUUUGGGGUUGCUGCCUAAUCCAAGUGCUAUAGGUGUCAAGGUGAUGUGGGAUCUGGAGCUCUCUCACUCAUGGCACCACUCACACUUUAGGAUAAUCUGAUUAUAAUAAAGAUUUAUUCAUGCCCUUGAAAAAAUAUUUCAGUACUCUG